AUAUCGCUUCCCUCCUUGGACGUCGCCUGAGACAACGGCCAGACUGCAUCCAACGGCAUCCCCAGCUUCAUCCAUAUCCUGACACCAGCAUCUACAUCUAUACAAGUAGCUGCACUCUCCUCCAUCGCGUCGCAUCGCAGCACACAAACAAAGAAGCAAGCAAGACAUCCCUCCCUACUCGCGCCUACGUGACGCCAUGACGACGACAACGACAACGACGACCAGCUGCAGUCACAAGUAUGCCUACAUGACGCAUCAAUAAUCUCCCUUACCUCACGCAGUAUCCAUAUCUCUCAUGGAAUCACCUAAUACCUGCAGCAUUCAUCAGCUCGCCAAGAAAGUGCGCAGACGCAGAUUCCAAGAGCAUACGCUGCAUGCGCGCUCGUCAGACCUGCAUCACCACAGCCAGGGACUCGCGCUCCUCACGCGUCUUUCUGUGCGCAUGCGAUCUGCGCAUCGUUUGCUAUCAGACUACAUCCGUGUUGAUGCAAAGCGCGAAUUCGCAGACCAAUACGCGGCGCUUAUGACAGAGGCAGACGCGCUCAUUGAUCGCGUCGAAAGCAGAGAUCGCACAGACGAUGCGUCCUGGCUGUUGAAGCUCGACAGUGUGACUCAGUCUGCGUUACUACACUUCUUGCUCAAGAUUCGCAAUCAACCUUUAUGGGUUGCACAGUGUAUCGCUGCGUCUACACCUGCUGCUGUGAAUUUACUCACAUCGUCUCUCGAGACCCUAUCUACAGCGUCGCUACGAGAACCAUGCAAGGCACAAGAUGCUACACAGCCGCCCGCGCGACGCGAUGCACUGUCUCUAUUGCUAUUUGGCGUCUUUGCUCAACCUGGCGCAUUCGCCAGUGAAGAUGCAGCGCGCUUCAAUCUUGGCGCCUCAUCGCUAGCGUCACUUCUUCAGCAAAGCUCAGCUGCUCAUGGUCGACUCUGUCUUGCCAUCAUGAAUCAGUUUGCUGAUGCAUACGGCUGGGAAGCGCACAAUUCUUUUGAACUGCUACUCAUGUCGCUGCUUCAGUCAGGCACCAAAUUGCUACAUCGACAAGAAGCACGACAUGCUGCUCAUCAGCGUGCUAAUCAACAACGCUUCUUCCACUUGUACAGCAAACGCGAUGAAGCAGAAGAAGAAUUCUUUGCCAUUGCCGUGCGUGAUGUCUUUCGCUUACUCGAUGGAGACGAUGAUGCAGGGAUCCCUGCUGGUGCUUUACAUCUUGCAAGACUUGUCAUGAGGCAGCUGCCGGAUUCUCAGCGUGCUAUGGCAGAAACAUUCGUUGUUCAAGAAUGGUACUUUGGUCACUUCCUAGGCCGUAUCCUCAAGACGCCAGAGUCUGCUCAUCUCCUGCAUGAUUACUACAUCAGUUCUAUGCAACGUCAAUCAAUACUUGAAGUCCUCCAUCAACGCAUCCUUGGCUUCUGCUCACCCGUCACACCGCGUGUCGCUCAACAUACUGUGCGUCCGACGGGUGCUGCUGAAAUGGACACACACUACUUGUCCAUCACAGCACGCUUCUUUGCUCAACCCUCAGACGAUACUGCGCGUGUUGUAGGCGAUGCACCGGUUCUACGCCCUGCGGAGACUUUUUCGGAUGCAGCAACACCGACGUUCUACUUGUCUGCCACUGACUUGCAAACACUUGCAUCAUGCCUUUUACCAGCCUCUCAACAACGUGUGCCAAGUCCGCCGGCUCCCAUGACCAGUACGAACCGCGCACAGAACAACAGUGUUCAUUCAACCACAUCCAGUAAACCCUCUGUCCCUGCUCGAGGGCGAGCGUGGGCACUGUUGGAACUCGUCACGGGAAGUGAUGUCUCGUCCACACCAGGCAACGUAGAGGAUGAGGGCUUAUCGAUGCGUGUCGGUGAGGAGAAGCGUGUCUCUGAGCCACAGGAUCCCUUCAUCACCAAUACCCAGCGUGCCAUGACUGCUUUGGCCUUAUUAUUUCCUGAGCAACAGAGUAUGCUCGAUCAUCGACUCGAUAUCAUCCAAGCAACAAACAAGGAUGGGCUUUGUGUUGCAACGUCCACAAUGACGGAACCGUUGCAACGACGAUAUGAUAUAGACGGUCUGGUCAAGAAUGCCAUUUACAAGCUUAUUGAUCAUGCUGACCUUGGCAAACCAGCACAACGGCGAUCUACCCUAGACUACUUCGCACAACAUCGCUCAACAGGUCCAUUUAGUGGUGUAGAGACACGCUCGCCCUCGUCCACAGGCGGCUCGCAACUCCUUCAACUUCUUGUGACGGCUGCUCAACGUGCCCUGUCAAAGCGCGACUAUGUCCUCUCUGAACUCUAUCAUCAAGCGUAUAAUCACCUCCAAGCCAAAACAGGCACACCUGAAGCUGCUGAUGACUACUCGCCACUUCUAUACAGCUUACUGGAGGAGGAAGAGUCGUUACUGGAGCAGCAAAUGGAUUUACUUGAGCAAAAAGAAGCACUUGCUGCGUACGCGCAUGACUGUAAACGACGCCUACAACAGCGUAUCGACGAUGAAAUCCAACUCAUCAACAAGUUACGCCUCAAAAUGUGGUAUAUGAGUGAUGUACGACGUUCAAAAGUCUGGCAACAAGCUUGGGAAGUGUGCAAGUGUCUGCAUCGUAUGCGACCCGCUGAAGUAAGACCAUUGGGAUCUGUUGCUGAAGCUGGCAGUUUUUCCAUGUCUGGACAAUUGCAUAGUCAGUCGAGAGAGCGACGCUCGAAUCGCUAUUCUCGUGAGCUGAGACAGCAGCAUGCGGGUCAAUUUACAGGUCUGUAUCCAGUCGAUCAUGAGCUUCUUGAUGCACUUGCCGUCCCUGUUGAUCAAGGUGGUCACAACAAGCUUUCUGGAAGUCAAGCAGAGCUCGUCUUGCAAUGGAUGCGAAACCUGGAUAUCCACAACUUUUGCACGGCUGAAGAGCGUUUGCAUCGCUUGUGCUAUGAAGUGGAUGACCUGAUUCGUCGCAUACUGAUAAGUCGGUCGUCUGUGCAAGAUUCUGUCCAGACACUUGAGUUCGAGGAUGCAGCACAUUCGCUUUUGUGGUCAUUUGAGCUCUUUAGCUACGAGAGCGGUCUCUUUCACAUUCCAAAGAAUACACGGCCGCCCUUUUCCUUCUUUGAGCAACUCCAGCAGUCUGUUGAGGAGUCCACUAUUGGUUUACCAAGACGUGGCAGCGCAGGUGAUUUACUCAGUCUCAGCCGAACCGCCGCACGGCAACGUGGGAAUUCAGUGGGUAGUAUUGACAAUCCACGCUCUCGCAGUCGUACUCGCGUCAGUAUUGCGAGUGAGAAUGACUUGUCACUCCCGUCCCCUGAACGUCAAAUCCCAACCGCUUCAUCCUUCGCAGCAGCCAGUCAGCCUCUACAUCGGCAAAUUUCAAUGACGUCAACAACGGGUUCAGCUGCUGUUGAAUGUGAUGAAUUAGGCGCACGAGAGUUCUUGCUGCAGACACGCAUUGGUUUGACAUCAUUGCUUUUAUCAGAUAUGGCAGAGUUGCUUUUCUAUGAAGGCAGUGAAACGGAUGAAUGGCACAAUACCGAGCUGGUGGAUGCUGUUUUGACUGCCAAAAAGCGGCAAGAAGAUUCAGCCAAGGAACGCGUGACGACUGAAGCAAUACUCAGAGCUACCCAGCUGACCACGGCACAGAUGACAGAGCGAGGUCCUAUGCCGGCUAAAGUUAAUAUGCAAACAGUUCCAAAACGACCUCCGCAUGGACGCAUGAAGAGUGCAUCCCUGUCGCAUCUGCUGACGGGUGGUGGGACAUCUGCCAGUCUCAAGUCAUCACCAGCCCCUCCGUCCAUUGAUCUCGACAACCUGCGCAGUACUGGGCCAAUCCUCGACCGCACGUCGUCCUCGGGCUCUGCUCUCGAUCCAAGCAGUCCAUUCACCUCAUCACCUCGGUCACCUCUCCGUAUUCAUGCGUCCUUGUCAAGACGCGCACAGCCGCGCCAAUUUCCAAAUGCAAGAGCGUAUAGGGAGUUGUUUCAACGCUUCAGUGCACAUCCAAGUCCCUACGAGAAAUUACGUACGUUGUACGAAUUCGAGGUACUGGUCGUCUCUGCAUUGAGUGCGAGUGGCAAGGAUGAAGCUGGAAAAUUGCCCAAGAUGGCUGCACAAAUGCCUCAGAGUCCCCUGCUGCCUCAAGGUCAUGCUAUAUCGCCUUCACUGGCGAUGUUCAAGGAUGUGCUUGGAGCGGAUACCAAUCCAGGCUCUGUUGAGAAUGGUGUGCGCCCAGUCCUUCCCAUGCAAAAUACGCAGCCGUUGUUCAAUACAUCGCCGCAUGGAUCUAUCGGUCAAGCGACGUCGAAUGGGGCAAGUAAGCCUGGCACAGAUAUGAUUGUCGAGGAAAUGACGCGCAUUUUGAAGCAAGCUGAACUGCGACCCAAGACACUCUUUCGCGACCUGCAGUAUAUUGCCACAUUCAUACCAUCCAGCAUCCUCAACAUGACGGACGAGGGGAAAGUCUUUUGGGAUUUUGGACUCGCAGCCUUGAGCGUGAAGCACGAUACGGUGGAAGCACUGACAAAGUGUGCUGAAAGCACGCUUCAAUGUGCUGAAGCACGGCGGGUGGAAGCAUUGCAGGUGAACGCCGCAACACAAGCUGCAGAGGCAAGCGACUUUACAACGGCUGAUGCGACUGCGAUGUUGACGAUUGCGGCGAAAGAGCGCAAUGUCGUGGCCAUGCGCGAACUGGCACUCUCCCUUGUCCCUACAGAUCGUGGACGUGUCAAUGUGCCAAUCAUGCUACCGCCACUCAGUAAUCCUGUGGAAAUCUUUGCUGGUACGACAGACUCGCUUGGCGCUGGACGACGACCACUGUCUCGAGCGAAUUCGCUUUCGUCCUCGGUAUCGAGUGCUUACACGCCGUCUCUUCCUCAGUUUGCUCCGGCUGGUGGUCUGGGCAUCCAUUUUGCAGAUGCUUCGCAUACGGUGUCGGCAUCGAAGGGCAGUCUCAUGCGCAUGAAGGCUGCUGUGGCUUGGUUGGAGCUCGCAGCAGCAGAGGGGGACGUGGUUGCCAUCAAUCAUCUUCGUCAGCGUCAAGUCUAA